UGUUUGGUUCGAGAUCGAGAGGUACGUGAUGAUGGGCAGAACUGUCACACUGUCGCAACGUGAGAGAAAAUUGUAAACAAAGGAAACCGGACAAGGUGAAAGAGUUCGCGCUUGAAUUAUCAGCGAUGGCGUUAGUCGGGAUAAGGGUCUUAGAGCUAAGCGGGCUAGCCCCCGCCCCAUUUGCUGGAAUGAUCCUAGCCGAUUUCGGGGCAAAGGUAACUCGUAUUGAUCGAGUAGGUCAACUCAUUGCUGACCAACUCUCAAGAGGAAAACAGUCCAUCUCUUUGAAUUUGAAGUCCGCAGAAGGAGUCAAAGUGUUUAAGAAAAUGAGUCUAGCAGCUGAUGUUUUGAUUGAGCCUUACAGGCCAGGUGUUAUGGAGAGAAUGGGUCUGGGACCAGAGAUACUACUCAAAGACAACCCUAAAUUAAUUUAUGCAAGAAUGAGUGGGUUUGGCCAAUUAGGGCCCUUGAUGAAGAGGGCUGGUCAUGACAUCAAUUACAUCAGCCUAUCAGGUGUCCUGUCAUACUUCGGAAGAAAAGGCGAGAACCCAGUUCCACCUGUUAACAUUGUGGGGGACUUUGCUGGGGGUGGCAUGCCUUGUGCCAUGGGGAUUCUGAUUGCUCUGCUGGAGAGAACUAGAUCGGGCAAAGGUCAAGUUAUAGAUGCUAAUAUGGUCCAAGGUUCUGCCUAUGUUAGUUCAUUUCUAUGGGCAACACACAACUUGGGUUUAGCCGGUAAUGAGCGGGGUACCAACUUGCUGGAUACCGGGGCACAUUUCUACGACACCUACAAGACAUCAGAUGGGAAGUACAUGGCAGUAGGAGCCUUGGAACCUCAGUUUUAUCAGCAGUUGCUUGAAGGUUUGGGAUUAUCAGAUUCCGAUCUCCCACCACAAUUGGAUCGUGAAAACUGGUCUUCCUCAAAGAAAAUCUUCACCAAAAUCUUCGCCAGUAAAACUCAAGAGGAGUGGUGCUGCGUGUUUGACGAUACCGAUGCCUGUGUAACACCGGUUCUAACUCCAGAGGGCGCCGCGCAACAUUCACACAAUAAGAAGGUGGGGACAUUCUUUGAGGCGGAGGAUGGAAGUACGCAACCCAGCCCAGCGCCGGUACUCUCGAGAACACCUGCUACUUUAAGGACCACCAAACAGACUAACAUCGGGAAUGACACAACGGCUGUGUUGCUCGAAGCUGGUUUCAGCCAAAAAGAAAUUGAAGUGCUCAAAGAGAAGGGUGUAGUGGAGGACAAAGGGCAAACGUCGAAGCUAUGAGGCUUUUCAUGGGUAGGGCAAGAUUUGAAUACAAGAAAUGAAGGACAGGGCUUGCCCAGUAUACCCUGAUUCAAUGGCUAGUAAAAAUUGCUGUUGGUUUGUAAAUACCACAUCUCAACUUUAUGGGCUACUAAAACUGUGCAACCUAUAACGUAUAAAAUGGUCAUGAUUUAUACUUUCCGAUGUGAAUAGUAAACUCUAAAAAUAUGUUAAUUUAUUUUUGAGUGUGUGAAUAUGACUUCACUUGACCAUUAUUAAACUGGUUGUUACGAUCAUCGGAAAGAUAAAUUAUUUAGAGGGGUGGGGAUGGAGAUCAUUAGUGCUGGUGAUUAAACUUGACAAUGUAAAUAAUGAAUAAAAUAAUGAAUAAAAUAUUGAAAUAACUUCAACACAACCAUAUCUUUUCCAUGAAAAGGCAUCAGUGGUUUUAUUUCCAUUCAAAAUUCCAGUUUACUUAAAAAAAUCAAUCACGGGUGGAACAUUCUUAGCAAUUCUCUCAAACCAUUUACACAUUUCCCUAUCAUUCAUGUUGCCCUUUUAGAUAUCAUCAUUAAAAGAAUAAAAGCAACUACAAAAAGGGUAGAUUUUACAAGUUGGACUUACAGGUGGCAUUAAUAUACAAGAAGGGAAUUUGUGCUUUUUAAGAUUUACAUUUUGUCUCUCAAUUACGCUUUUUAACAAACCAGACAAUACCCAAUUAGUUGUUCUUGAAGUAUCAGAAGCAUCUGAUACACAAAUGAUAGCAUAAAAUUGGGUUGAUAAAACACGAGAGAGUACUAAACAGUGACUUAAUUCACUUAAAAUAAAAACCUUAUGAUUAUAGCAAAUUGAAUGAUUUCGGCUAUGGCUGACAAUGGUUGCAUUAACAUACUGGCAAAAUCGGUGAUCUAGCAAGAGCCAAAGCCAUAAACCGAUAGCCAAAAUAAUCUGAUUAAAUUGAAUACAACUUUUACGAAAAGUAACACAAAGAAGUACCAACUCCUAGGUCCAAUUUCAUAAAAGCUGGUGAGCAAACAAAAUCGCUAACAACCAAUAGAUUUGCUGAGAAUAAAGUAGCACCACACGAGUCGGAAGUAAUGUACAUGAAAUGGUUUCCUCGCUGGUAACCCAUAUCUGCUAAUAAGCAAGAUUUUUCUAGACUUGGCAAACUGCUCAUGCUCGCCAGCUUUUAAGAAAUUUUGCCCUGUUUAAAAAGUAAUUGUGAACUACAGUGCAGGCUAAAUCCUUAAAGUUUCUGAAAGAAGUAAUUAUAAAGAGUCAAUUCACUAAAUUGAUUAAAUGACUAUCAAGUGACCACCAGCUUGUUUCUGUGCAGCAAUUUCUCUGUUUAUGGAAAAUUAAAGACAAGAUUUUAUGAACAACUAAGAUGGGAAUGUAACUAGUUAAAAGCUAACAAAAUUCCUACAAAAUAAAGGUUUGAAAAAGUCAAAUGUAUUUUCUCCUUUGUUUGCUUUAACUGGUAGAAACUGGGCUUUUUAAUUGGCCGAAGACAAAGUUCCAUUUUAAAAAUCGUGGAAUCUUAACCAUGAAA